UCUUUCCCGGAAGCAGUCAUUCCGUCGUGCGAUUUGAGUCAGAAGGCGCUUGUGUCUAUGCUGCAGAGGAAGAAAGCAAUAGCCUACUGAUUAUAUAUUACUCUUUUCUUUAAAAGUGUACCUCCGCUUUAUCGGCAGGAGAAGUGAGGAAGAUCCGGGCUGGUGCAUGGUUAUUUCUUGUUGGGGAGCGUUAAUUCGGAAAUUGCUGAUGAUGAAGCCCAAAGUGGUUUUUGUCCUCGGUGGGCCAGGAGCCGGGAAAGGGACUCAGUGCGUCAAAAUCGUCAAGAAAUAUGGAUAUACUCACUUAUCUGCUGGUGAUCUACUUCGUUCUGAACAAAGCAAAGAGGGUACUCAGUAUGGAGAACUGAUUGACAGUUACAUUAAAGAAGGAAAAAUUGUUCCAGUGGAAAUAACUAUCAAGCUUAUAAAAAAGGCAAUGGAUGAGAAAAUGGCUCAAGAUGCUGCAAAGAAUACAUUUCUUAUUGAUGGAUUUCCGAGAAACACAGACAAUCUCAAUGGGUGGAACAAACAAAUGAAUGAUCAUGCUGAUGUGAAAUUUGUCCUUUUUUUUGACUGUAGUAAUGAGGUCUGUAUACAGCGUUGCCUUGAAAGAGGAAAAGACAGUGGAAGAACAGAUGACAAUGUCCAGAGUUUGCUAAAAAGAAUUCAGACAUACAUGCAGUCUACUAAGCCCAUUAUAGACCAAUAUGAGAAAGAGGGAAAAGUAAGAAGAGUCGAUGGUGCCAAAAGUGUUGAUGAGGUUUUUGUUGACGUUCAGAAAAUCUUUGAUUCUGAAAACUGAAUUAGCUGCUCUCUUGAAGCUUUAAAAAACAGUUGCUUCAAAUACUUUCUCGCUGGAAGUAGCGGUGAUCUUCUACCUAUACUGUUUAUUUUACAAGAUAUAUUUUCUUCAGAAAUCCUUUAGUGGAUACAUUUUUUCCAUUAGUAUAUUGUUUGCUAUUACUUUUGUAUGAAAGCAUUUUUUUGUCAAGUGAGAAAAUGCUACUUUUUUUAACCUGCUUCCAAAUAUGCUUGUAACUAGAAAUCCUCUCUAGGUCAUUUGAAGUUCUUAUGUAAAACAUGUAUUUGUCUUAAGGAUGUAUGCAGAGUUUCCCUUGAGGUACAAUGAGUUAUCACUUGUAUUGUUGCAUACCAAAUGAUCAUAUUUAAACAGUUCAUGCAUAAAUGGGCAUUAUUUAUUAAUCUAAGUGCAUAUGCCGCUGAUUUUGAUUUUUAAAUGCCUGACUUAUUUCGCACUUGUAAUUUUGAAUCUGAAAGCUUGAAGGAAAGUGAAAAUUAAAAGGCUGGAUUUACAUAAGUUGUGAAUGGAUAUUAAAUGAUUAUUGCAUAAUGGAAAAAUGUAAUUGAGAAAAGUAGCCUCUGAACGUAUGUUUGUCCUUGGGUUUAUCUAUUUAUGUACUUUUGAGGAAUUAAAUUUAUCGUUUCUUGGUCACAUAAUAUUUAAAUGUUGUGUCAGAAUCUUGGAAUACACUAACAGCACUGAGGUACUGUCUUCAUCACAUCAACAAAAGCAGUUUAGGAAAGAAACUUAUCAUUACCUUUUUCAAGGGCAGUUAGGAUUAGGCAAUGUCACUGGCAAGGCCAGUAUUUACCCACAUCCUGAGAACAGAUUUUACAGAACUUGAUAGUGUGUACAUUUUGUCCUGUAGAAUAAAUGUGUUCAGGUGAAAGUUGGUUGAAUCUGCAAAAGAUAGCUGGAGAAAACAGUGCAGAAGAAGUUUACAGUGCGGGAUAAUUUGUAAGCUUGAUGUAACAAUUUCCUUGCUACUCACUAGUUAUCAGAUGCACCAGUUAGAUAUGUGUAAGGAAGAGUAUGAUCAUUCAACUGUAUCACUUUGCACUAUAUUUAUGUUGUAAUAUUUAUAUACAGGAAGACACUAGAGGAUGUUUUCAUAAAUUUCUGUCCCACAGUCAGGUACUGUGCAUGUGAAAAGAAUAAAUUGUAAAUGCUGGAAUCCAGAGCACGUCAAUUCGCAUCUUUAAGGAGAAAAGGCUAAGAUUUUUAUUUUUUGCUGUUUGGCAGAACAUCAGAGGAUGUGCACAUUGAAUAUUAACCUAUCCUUGCCCUUGACCUAUACUGAUUGCCAUGUUUGUACUUCAAGUAUGCUUAUUUGAUUUUAUUCCUGUGUUUGGAAGUAGCGUGAAUAAUUAUCUACUAUGAUUAUAAUUCUAAUCCUUUCAUUCCAAACUGAACUAUAAUUCUGAGCAUUGAAUUCUGAGAAAUUUGAGUGUGGUAAUUAAAGGCAAGACUGUACCAGAGUAUCUCAACAUAAUUGCAAGAACUUCUGGUUUGUUGUUUGUUUCUCAUCUUCUGAUUUUCUUAAUUCUACCAUUUACAUUUUUAAUUAAUAGACAUAUAACUUAAACAUGAUACAAGUGCAAUAAGCACUUCACUAAUAAGCAACUUGGCCACAUUAAGAAUGUGGUUUUAUAAUAUGCAGAAAACAUAUCGUAAAGUGUCAGUCCUUGAGAGAGAUUCAUAAAAUUUGUAGUUUAUAUAAUUUCUGGAUAGUGUUCAUAAGAUUCGGUCUGACAUUUGUUAUGCUGAGUAAUUAAUCUACCUUGAAAUGGGGUCCUUUUGCUCAUGUAAUAACUUAAAUAAAAGAAAUAAAGAAA